CAGGGCAAGCGAAAGUCAUCCAAGAAGCCUCAGGGUCCCAAGAAGGUGCGCCUGCCCACGACCUUCCAAUGCCUCUUCUGCAACCACGAGAAGUCCGUCUCCGUAUCCAUCGAGAAGAAGAGCGGCGUCGGAAACCUGCAAUGCAAGGUGUGCGGCCAGACAUUCCAGACCAACAUCAACUACCUCUCUGCUCCCGUCGAUGUCUACGCCGACUGGGUCGAUGCCUGCGAUGCGGUCGCGAAGGAAGCAGGAGGCGGCGCAGCGACCGAGCGAUCAGUCAACCGCACCGGCGCCCUACCGAAACCCGCCGGCGAUGACUUCAUUGUCGAAGAUGACAUGGAUGCCGAGGGCGAUUUUGCGGACGAUGAGUGA